AUGGUCGCAAAAUUCGAUGGGAAUGCAAAGUAUUCCCACCACGGUGACGUCGCCUCGAUAGCGUCGGUGCAGCCCUCCACGAUGGCAUGGAAGCCGCAAUCCGACGUGCCGCGAUCCGCCAUGCCGGAGUCCGCAGCUCGGCCUCCGUUGACUACGCACCAGUCGAAUUCCCUACCCUCAACCCCAUAUCAGCAUGCGCGCAACUUUUCUUUUCACUCCCGGUCGCCGUCCCCCGCCCGCGGAAGCAUUUCGCCUCGAUCCACACAUUCUGAGGCGACACAUUUUCCCGCCCUCGCCCGAAAACCGCUCGGAGGGUGUAAAUAUGAGACCGCCAUGGCAUAUUUUCGACGUCGAAUACCGUACAGUUUGGGCGCAGAUAUACUACCGGAGGAGAAGGGGCCAUUGAAGGAGAAACUCGAUCCGGAAGAGGAGAAAAAAUUGACGGCUGACAUCAUGGACCUGUACGAUCGGUUGUUACCAUCUGCAGAGAGUGACGAUCGAAGGCGACAGCUCAUUCGGAAAUUGGAGAAACUUUUCAAUGACCAAUGGCCCGGCCACAACAUCAAGGCGAAUAUUUUUGGCUCCUCGGGGAAUAAGCUUUGUUCUAGUGACUCGGAUGUGGACAUUUGCAUCACGACCGACUAUAAGGAAUUGGAGCAUGUGUAUGGGAUGGAACGAGUUGUGUGUGUAUCGCAUGCGAAGGUCCCCAUCGUGAAGAUUUGGGACCCCGAGCUCCGGUUGGCCUGCGACAUGAAUGUCAAUAACACCUUGGCAUUGGAGAAUACUCGGAUGAUCCGAACCUACGUUGAGGUGGAUGAACGAGUACGCCCAUUGGCGAUGGCCAUAAAGCAUUGGACGAAACGGCGGAAUCUGAAUGAUGCAGCACUUGGAGGGACGUUAAGUUCUUAUACCUGGAUCUGUCUGAUUAUUAGCUUCCUGCAGUUGAGAGACCCUCCCAUUCUCCCGAGUUUGCAAGCCCGUCCGCACAAAAAGCGAACAACACCUGAUGGUGUGGUUUGUUCGUUUGACGAUGAUCUUAAGACCCUGUCUCAAUUUGGCCGCAAGAACAAGCAAUCAGUUGGCGAGUUGCUGUUUCAAUUCUUCCGGUACUAUGGCCAUGAGAUCGAUUAUGAGAAUAAUGUCAUUUCGGUAAGGGACGGCACUCUGAUCGACAAAGAGGCCAAGGGGUGGCACCUGCAACUGAAUAACCGCCUCUGCGUGGAGGAGCCGUUCAACACGUUCAGAAACCUGGGUAACACGGCUGAUGACACGUCGUUCCGCGGGUUACAUCUGGAAUUGCGAAGGGCUUUCAAGUACAUUGCAAAUGGCGAUUUAGCACAGUGUUGUGAGCAGUUCGAGUUCCCACCAGAAGAGGAGCGGACUUGGGAGAGACCGCCACCCCAGCCGCGUCCAACUCUCACCCCCUCCGUUCCAUCACGGGGUGGACGGGGAGUGAACCGGGGAGGCCGAUCUAACCAGUUCUCUCGCGGUGGGCUUGCUGGUGGUCGACGACAGUCAAACACCGGGAACAAAGGGAAUUUCCGACUGCCAAACACUGGCAAUGCAUCAGAUAUCUCUCUGCAUGCACAGCAGCAAGCCCAGUACCUCCUGCAUGAUCAGCUAUACCAACAGAUUCAGCUUUUGCAGGCGCAGGAGCAAGAAUUGCGGAUGCAAUUGCACAACCAGGCGUUGAUCACUGGGAGGCCGCCACCGAUGUUCAUUCGUCAGCCUUUCAUUCAGUUCCCUGUUCCCCAGCAGCAAGAGUUUCCAGAAGAGACCUCUCGGCCAAGAUCAGGAACAGGAUCAGGCAGUCAGGCAACACUCAGCCCGACACUACGACACCAAACGAUCUAUAAUCCGACUUAUGCUUCAGUGGGUGCAGCUGGGUCGCAAGCAGCCACCACUAGUCCUUCCUCGCCCUCGGCUAGUAGUGUUCUGCCUGAUACUCGUCGUAACUCUCGGCGAUUGUCGACUGUCACCGGAUCUCCGAGGUCUCUGCGAGCGCAUUCACAGCCUGCAAGGCCUCAAGGCUCACCUCUUCCUACCUAUAUUCCCCUCUAUCCCAUGGCGCCACCAACGGAGAAUUGGUCAAACCAAAGGCCGACUAUCGAGUCAUCAGAAGGCGGGGAAGGAAGUGGGGAUGAGAAUGCAAUGCGGUCCAACAGUCUUGCCAGCAAUGGAUCCCUAUCGAAUUCUGCGGAUGAGAAUCGGCCACAAGAUGUUUUGGGUUAUUACAUAACUCCUCAGCAACUCCAAGCCUUCCAGCAGGGCGCUAUGCUCCCGCCGUUGUCCACGCAGAUGGGUUUGGUCUCGAAUGGAUAUUCGUUCAUCCCAUUUCAACCAGACUACCGCCAGGGAUCCUUCUCGUCGGAAACGGCUCGCUCUGAGAAUACCACAGCCUCCAAGCCUCCGGCCCAAAUGGCUCAAUCCGCUCCGCGUCCAAUUGCACCCGGUCCGUUGAUUGUUGAUGGCUCAGUGCGCCCGAGUGAGCCUCGCUCAUCAUAUCCGCCCGACUUGUUCGACCCUUAUUCUACGCUCAGUCAUUAUACGUCCUCGGAAGACCACAAUCUGAACACACCUGCAAGCUUCUCCGACUCAUUGUCUCAAGGUUACCAGGACUCUGGGUCUUUUGACUUGGAGAAUUCGGCUACCUUCACACGGCCGUCUAUGGAGAAUCCAAAGUCGGACGCCCCAGGUACCGAAAAUCAGUCAGAUGCGAACGGGCAAAGUGAGCUUCUCGCUAGUCGGCUUCAGAACUAUCAUCUGUCGAAUUCCGAGAAGCUUGUGCAGCAUCCCGCGAAGACAAGUCCAGAUCGACCAAAAAAUGGCAUGGCACAAGGAACGGCAAAGGAGACCGGUCACUCUAAGAACUCGGCACAGACGGGUGAUAAGCCUGCUGCCUCCGGGCUGAACGAGAACCGACAUCAACCGAACAACACAAAGCGGCGGACGAAUGGUGACCAUUCUGACAAGACGAACGGUGUCAAUGGCAAGAGCAAGUCGAAAGGCCAAGGCCGACAGGAUGCCUCUCAUAACGGUGGCCCAGCCAAGAAUCAACACCCCGAACCCUCGCGGCGAUCAAACGGGCAGACUAACGGUGCAAACGACAGCAGCCAUGGAUGGCAAACGACUAAGAAGAAGAGCCGCAAAAACACCAAAUCAACGGAGCCUCGACACAUCAAUGGUGGUCCCGAGCUCAUUCCAGCUGACGACUCUUUGCGAAAGGGAGGCUGA